AUGGGUUCAACUUUUGUGGAUGAAACUAUUGGUGACUUUGUGUAUGUCAAAGUUAGUCCGAUGAAAGGUGUUAACAGAUUUGGUAGAGUGAGCAAGCUCAGUCCAAGGUAUGUCGGACCUUUUGAGAUCAUCGAAAGGGAUGGUAAUUCUGCUUAUAGGUUGUUAUUGCCUAAUCAGAUGUCUGAUAUACAUAACAUGUUUCAUGAGAAUUUGCAGUACAAAGAAGAGCCUGAAAAGAUUUUGGCUUAUUAUGUGCGAAAACUGAGAAGUAAACAGAUUCCUAUGUUUAAGGUUCAGUGGAAGUUCAGAACGACAAGAGAAGCUACUUGGGAGAAGGAAUCGGACAUGAGACAGUUGUAUCCAA